GAUUAAAUAUGUGUUUUCUUUGUGUGUUUUACAGGUAUGAAUUUGCUCUGCCGAAGACUCAACCAUCGAGGACUUCGAACAUCUCUGCUCAAAUCAUAUUUUUUUCUUCAAGUAAUGGACAUUUGAUUACUAUUUUUGCCUCCAGUUUGUUCCUGAAGGAAAGACUAGCCUUUAGGUAUCACAGCCCCACCCAUAAGAAGUUUUCAAUUUAUAUUAAAACCAUGAAGGCUGACGAUAUAAAAAUUGUUUAAAUGAGCUCUAUAAGUGCCUGAAAAGCACAUAAUAUUCCUGAGACGCUGAGGAUCUAUAGUAUCAGUAAUAUGGCAGGGGGACCUGUGGACCCCAGAGAGAUUUUGAAAGGAGUGGAGGCUCUGCUGGGGAAGGAUGGAGAGCUCCGCAGCCUGGAGGGAGUCCCCAAAGUAUUCAGUUUGAUGAAAGCUUCCACCAAGAUGGUCAGUAGAUGCAUGUACUUGAACAUCCUGCUGCAGACCAAAUCCCACGAUGUUCUCAACAGGUUUAUCAGAGUUGGUGGCUACAGGUUACUCAACUCGUGGCUCACGUACUCCAAAACCACCAACAACACCCCUCUGCUGCAGCUCAUCCUGCUGACGCUGCAAAAGCUGCCUCUUAAAGUUGACCACCUCAAACAGAACAAUACAGCCAAACUGGUGAAGCAGCUGAGCAAGAGCGCAGAGACAGAGGACCUGAGGAAACUGGCGGCUGUGCUUGUAGAUGGAUGGAUGGCUACGAUCCGCUCCCAGAGUGUCUCAAGCAGUGGGAACACUACUGCUGAUAAGAAGAAGAAGAAAGAGGAGAGCAAGGUGCCAGUGAGGGAUGUGAAGGAGAAGAGUGGUGAUGAGGAGAAGAAGAAGGAAAAACCUAAAGCCCAUGCACCAAGUCAUGCCAAGAUUCGCUCCAUAGGAUUGGAGAUGGACACCCCUAACCCCGCCCCUGCAAAGAAGACACCCACCGCCCCUCAGCUGGGUGACAAGUACAAUAUCAAGCCCCCAGUCCUAAAGAGACCGAGCGGGCCAUUUGACACUCCACCUCUCGAGAAAAAGUACAAACCCCUCAACACCCCGUCCAACUCCACCAAAGAGAUCAAAGUCAAGAUCAUUCCAGCACAGCACAUGGAAGGCACAGGUUUCCUGGAUGCUCUGAACUCGGCCCCUGUACCUGGAAUCAAGAUCAAGAAGAAGAAGCCCAGUGCUAGCGCUGCCGCCAACACUAAAGCUGUGUCUCCCACGUCUAACAAGGCCAGUCCUUUCGACAACAAACCAUCUGCUUACUCUUCAUCUGCUAAACCGUCGUCUCCAGAAGCCGCUUCCACAACUCCUGCUGAUGAAAACCAUGAGCCUGAACAGCCUGGGACACCUGUUCCCUCUGAGGACCCUGAGGCUACUGACAAUGGAGAGAAGCCAAACGCUCUGGCAGAGCCACGUGGAGAUGAAGAAACCCUGACCAAGAAGGGCAAGAAGAAGAAGACUGUUCACUGGGCUGAGGAGGAGCAGCUCAAACAUUACUUUUACUUUGAUCUGGAUGAGACUGAGCGAGUUAAUGUCAACAAGAUCAAGGACUUUGGCGAAGCUGCCAAACGAGAGCUGAUGAUGGACAGGCAGACGUUCGAGAUGGCCCGGCGGCUCUCACAUGACACCAUGGAGGAGAGGGUCCCCUGGACACCCCCGAGGCCCCUGACACUGGCAGGAAGCCUUGUCAUCCCUGGAGCCAACAGCACAGAGAAACUGACCCAGAGGGACAGAGAGAUGGGAAUCCUACAAGAGAUCUUCCUCAGCAAAGAGAGUGUACCUGACAGUCCUCAUGAGCCAGACCCAGAGCCUUAUGAACCCAUGCCUCCUCGCCUUAUCCCUCUAGACGAGGACUCCUCAAUGCUGGAUGACAGCUACGCUGAGCCAAUGGACACCUCCCAACAGCAGGGGGCAGGAAUAGCCUCCAAUGAGAGCUCCAAGCUGCCGCCUGUUCUGGCCAACCUCAUGGGGAACCUGAGCAACAGCUCCCGAAGCCCGCAAGCCACAAACACUGUCAACAACCCUGUGCCACCAGUCAACGUGCAGGAGCUGCUCUCAUCGAUCAUGGGUGCACAGGGGAACCAGUCCACUGAAGACCUGAUCAAACAGCCCGACUUCUCAGAUAAGAUCAAACAGCUGUUGGGCUCCCUGCAGCAGACCCAGAACCAGAACCAGGGUGGACCUCCACCAGUCAACCAGGGUUUGCUGGGCCACGGGCCAGGGAUGAACAAUAUGAACAACAUGAACAUGCACAUGCAGAUGCCAAUGAACGGUGGAUACCCCCCCAACAACCCCCCAGGAGGUCCCCGUUUCAACCACCCGCCACCACCCCACAACCACGGACCACCUUUCAACACAGGCGGAGGCCCACGCAUGAUGGGGCCGCCGCCGGGCCACGGACGAGGAGACAACGGCAACUACUGGGGAGACGAGUCCAUGAGGGGAGGGCCCCAUAGAGGAGGGCACUUCCACAGAGGAGGCCGGGGCCGAGGAGGAGAAGCAGGUUUCAGGGGCCGGGGACGAGGCGGACCCAGGGGAGGACACAAUAACAUGAACGACAUGUCAAAGAGGCCUGUGUGUCGUCACUUCAUGAUGAAGGGAAGCUGCCGAUACGAGAGCAACUGUGCUUUCUACCACCCCGGUGUUAACGGACCACCGCUGCCCCCCAACUACCAAGCUAACAACCAGCACCAAUAACACGGACACUAGUUGACCGCCGCCAACUGGGUGAGUCCACCCUGUGGUCAGCGCGUCAGGACUGAGAACCACUACACAAACAGACUCGUUGGAAGUUCUGUCCUGCACUGUUACGUCUCAGCAGGUGACAUAAGUGGAGGAGAUGUCAGCUCGACCUCUACGGGGAGACACAGGAGAAGGAAAGAAAGACGGUCGCUAAUGAGACUGUUUUUUUUAUUGUGGUCCUUUUUAACAGUGAGACUGAAAGAAGCCACCACACAUAACCACUAUGUCUGCAGCUAGCUGCUUAACUGCUCCAUUACUUUCAAGCAUCGACCAAAUAAGAGUCUCCUCUUUUGCAGAAAACAUGAUUCCCCUCUUCUCGUAGCUGUUGUACUGUGCGCGUACAUUGUGGCAUUGCUUUAACAUUUUUUCAGUUCCUUAAUCAGUCUCAAGAGUCAAGUGUUCGAGUAUAAUUUUGCCUUCUGACAUAGUUCUUAACUGGCAGGCAAAUUUCAGAAGCACUUUAAAAUUAUGAACAAAAUUGAGCCUGAGCUAUGAUUUCUUAAGCCUGAAGGUUUUAGUAUUUACACAGCGUUAUUUUACCCAAACUCCUGGGUUGAUCUGAGGAGGAAGGCUGUGCUCUUGUUCUUUUCUUUUUCUACAGCAGCUGGUAUUGAAUGUGAAGAAGCAAAUGCAGUGUGUGUUGUACGUAAGCUUUCCCAGCAGCUCCCAGUCAGACCAUCAGCCUCCAGAGUGUGUGUGGCGCGACAGUCAUGAGCAUCAGAAUCAGACAUACCGUCGUCCUGUUGUCAGAGCAGCCGCCGCUGCCUGUGUUUUCUGUCCUCCUGUCUGAACGCAGCAGGAUGUCCUGUCAGUGUUAAAACGAGUCAGAUGAAUGAUCAACCAUCCUGUGGGUCAGCUACUGUAUAUUCAGUGUUUUCUGUGAAAACAACCACCUUUGCGUCUCUUGUGGGACUGUAAGAAUGUAAUGUUUUCUGUUGCUCCUUCCACCCUCCCAUGUAUUUUUUAUUUUGAUACAAUCCUUGGGGCAAUCCAUUGGGCCUUUUUAAGAUGGGUUCAGUUUUUUUGUCCGUAUGAAAUGUUUGUAUUAAUGUGUUGUAGGAAUACAUAAUGCACAUUCAUACAUUUAUAUUUUCAGUUGAGUUCUUUUGUACACAGUGUAUUAAAUAAUAAAUGUUGGAAUCUAAA